AUGGGGCAUCCUCCACCCGAGCCCAUGGGCCAAUCCCACCCCGACCACAUAGACGUCAUUCAGUCUUCACAUCACACUGAGCUCCAGUCAACAGAUGCACCUAGUGAUAGUGACAGCGACCAUAAUGAAAGUAACGCUACACCCAUUCUCGACAAUCAGAAUAUUCGACGCCCACCAGCCCCAAUUCCCACAAGCCAUCGCCGCUUCCCGUCAAUCGAUGAAAGCCACACAGACCAUGUCGCCCUUCCCGGCCCAGAACAAGAGAUAGCGGAGGAGAAACCGGUGACAUGGAGCUCGCUACCCAAGAAAGGCCAGCUGGCUAUUUUGACUAUGGCGCGUCUGUCUGAGCCGCUCACCCAGACUUCGUUGCAGGCAUACAUGUUCUACCAACUUAGAUCGUUUGACCCAUCGUUGCCGGACUCAACCAUCUCGGCGCAGGCUGGUAUGCUGCAGGGUAGCUUCACGGCUGCUCAGUUCCUCACUGCUGUGUGGUGGGGUCGCCUGGCUGAUGCAGAAUGGAUGGGCCGCAAGAGAGUUCUCUUGAUCGGUCUGUCUGGCACUUGUAUAUCUGCACUUGGCUUUGGCUUCUCUAGGUCAUUUACCACUGCGAUUAUAUUCCGCACGCUGGGCGGAAUGCUGAACAGCAAUCAAGGUGUUAUGCGCACGAUGAUCUCCGAAAUCAUUGCCGAGAAAAAGUACCAGUCACGGGCAUUUUUGCUUCUUCCGAUGUGUUUCAAUAUUGGGGUCAUCAUCGGUCCCGUUCUAGGAGGAACGUUGGCGGAUCCUGUCCAGAGUUUGCCUUGGCUUUUUGGCCCUGGUUCCUUGUUCGGCGGUGAAAAUGGCGUAUGGUGGAUGAAACAUUGGCCAUAUGCCUUGCCAAAUUUAUUGAGUGCUUGUUUCAUCUUUAUGUCAUCGCUAGCGAUAUUCUUUGGCCUUGAUGAGUCCCAUGAAAUCGCAAGACACCGCAGAGAUUGGGGCCGCGAACUCGGAAAGAGAAUCGUUUGUGCUUUUACCAGGCGCCCCUUACACUACAGUCCCCUGACCCGCUCUGGACAAGAUGACUCUUUGUAUCUGGAUGAAAACAGGGAGUGGUCAGCACCAUCGAGUCCAGUCCGCGCACGCUCGCAGCCACCUCCAGUUCCGCGCAAACGGGCAGGAUUCCGACAAAUUCUCACACGCAACGUUCUCUUGACUCUCUUGACCCAUUUCUUGCUCGCAUUCCAUACUAGUGCCUUCAACUCCAUGACCUUCGUGUUCCUACCUACUCCACGUGCUCCGGAGGACUCCCGCACAGGCUUCUUCCACUUCAGUGGAGGACUAGGUUUGCCAUCUGCCCGGGUAGGUCUUGCCACUGCAAUCAUCGGUUUCAUCGGCCUCCCUCUGCAAAUCUUCCUAUACCCUCGCAUCCAAGGAAAGUUGGGAACGCUCACCUCGUUCCGUACAUUCCUCCCUCUUUCCCCCAUGGCGUAUAUAUUGAUGCCUUUCCUUGUUGUCCUACCUCGUGUUCCAUAUAUUGUCUGGCCCUCUUUUACCUUUGUCGUGUCUUUGCAGGUCAUUUCUCGCACAUUUGUGCUCCCUGCUGCCAUUAUUCUUGUUAACAACUGUGUCACUGACUCCACUAUUCUCGGAACGGUGCAUGGUGUUGCGCAAAGCAUCUCUAGCGCUGCUCGUACCUUGGGCCCACUCCUUGGCGGAUGGGGUCUUGGCUUGGGUCUUAUGCACAACAUGGUAGGAGCUAUUUGGUGGGCCUUGGCCGCGGAAGCUCUGAUCGGAUAUAUGGUGCUUUGGACCAUACACGAGGGUAAGGGGAUCGAAAGACCCAAACCUGUAGUGGACGAGGUGGAGGAAGGGGAGGAACGAUGA